AUGAGCGCAAGCGCACUUUUGCAAUCUGUGAAAGGCACAGACGAGCUGGACGUGGGACGCCUUUUCGACGUACAGGGCUGGGUCAUCAUCGUUACCGGAGGCGGCACUGGACUAGGCCUAGUCACUGCGACCGCACUCGCACAGAACGGAGCCAAAGUUUACAUUACCGGUCGUCGAGAACAGGUCUUGCUGGAUGCUGUAAAACAGGCGGCACCCACAAAUGGCCGAGGAGGAGAAAUCAUCGCAAUUCAAGCGGAUGCAGCUACCAAAGAAGGGAUUCUCAAGCUGCGCGAUACUAUCGCUGUCAAUGAGAAGUUCGUGAAUGUGCUGAUCAACAAUCACGGCGUAUCUGUGGGAGCCCCGGACAUCAAUGCAUGCGAGCAGACUCCCGAGGGCCUUAGCAAAAAGAUGUUCGAGGACGAAAGCAUGGAAAAGUGGCUGGAGACCUGCCAGAUCAACACUGCGUCAUACUACUUUACCACGUUCGCGUUUUUGCCGUUAUUGGCUGCAGCAAAAUCGAUUGGCGGCUGCCCGGAACCGGGCAACGUUGUGAAUCUCUCCUCAAUGUCAGGCAUCACCAAGACGAGUCAGCGCGGCCAAUUCAACUACAACGCGGGAAAGGCUGCGACCAUCUCCCUAUCUCACCAACUCGCCACCGAAUUCGCGCGACGUAACCUCGGCGUCCGUGUGAAUGUCGUCUGUCCUGGAUACUUUCCCUCGGGCAUGACUGUUAUCGACCCGGAGAAUAACCAAGAUGGCAACGAUGAGCACUUCAAGACGUUUAGGGGGCAUUGGGGGAUCCCGUUUGGGAGACCAGGGUGCAGCAGGGACUAUGCGCAGUGCAUAUUCGGGUUGAUUACAAACCGAUACACUACUGGAGCAGAGUUUGUGAUUGACGGCGGGUGGCUGCUUGAAAGUGGUACGUUUGCAUGCUUUAGGCUGAAUCGUAGACGAUUGUCCGCUGACCGAGAAUGGAUGCCAGCUUUCUGA